AUGUCCACAGCCCAUGUGAUUCCAGGAGGUGUCCCUGCCUGUGAGAAGUCUCAGAUAAAAGGGAUGAAGGACAGUAAAGCUGAUGCCAAGACACUAGAGCGUGGGAGCAGUGCUGGAGCUGAAGUUCUUCUCCACAGCAGGAGCACAGAGCACGAGAAAGGAGCCCUGAUGGGACCCUCUGUACUUCCCUGUAUAGCUUACUCCUUCUGGAAGGGGUUUCUGCUCACAGGUGAGGAGCUCAUUGCUGAAUGUGUGGGAGGAGAGGCUGCUCGGAGCCUUCCUGAAGAAGACACUUCCAUUUUAAUUGUUUGGCUGCUUUCUACUAUUGCCCAGCUCACCAUUGAAUCAGUGCCACCAAUUUCUGCUGAAGGGGAUAACGUUCUAUUAUUUGUACAUAAUCUGCCUGAGAAUGUUCAAGCCUUUUCCUGGUACACAGGAAUUAUGGUACUCAAGAGCCGUGAAAUUGCAAGAUAUGUGGUAGCUACCAAAUUAUGCGUGCUGGGGCCUGCGCACAGUGGUAGAGAGACAGCAUUCAAUAAUGGAUCUCUGCUGAUCAGUAAUGUCACCAGGAAAGACUCAGGAUACUACAGCCUACAAACACUUGAUACAAAUUUGAGAUCUGAAGUAACACGUGUGGAAUUUUUUGUACACAGCCCAAUUUUAGGCUUCAAGAAACAUACUACCCCAUCACAACUCACAAUUGAGUUGGUGCCACCCAUGGUUACUGAGGAAGACAAUGUACUUUUACUAGUUCGUAAUCUGCCAGAGAAGCUUCAAGGCUUUGCUUGGCACAAAGGGGUACUUCCACUUGACCACUUAAAGGUAGCAAGUCAUGCAAUCCUGAUUAAUUCAAGCAUGCUGGCAUACAAAUAUUAUGAUAGAGCAACAAUAUAUACCAAUGGAUCCUUGCUACUCCAGAAUGUCACCCAGAAAGACAAUGGAAUUUACACCUUACGGACCAUAUCUGCAGAUUUGAGAUCAGAGUGGGCCAUUGUGCACCUCCAAGUAAACAGUAAGUGUAUCUUUGUGACUCCUGGGUGA